AUGGGAAUAGGGGAUGAAAACCCAUCUCUCUCAACACCAUUCAGUGUAGAUCCCUUGACCAAGGCCAUCCCAACCACUGCUCCAAACUUUCCAAUUUACAUGCACGGUUACUAUGGAGCCCCACCUGCAUGGUCACCGGCUAUUAUGCCAUAUCCAAAUGCACACCAACUUCAAGCCAACAUUCAGAUGGUGAUGAUCGAACAUGGGUUGGGUCGUCCGAAUCCUCUCAUGGCUACAAGUUCCGGAUCGGCCGAAAAAUUUGGUAAAGGGGAUACACCUAGUGAAAGUGCAGCGCCCUGUUUGUCAUCUAGAGUUCAGUCUCAAGGUGAAGAGGAUAUGCCAGAUUCAUGGGAAACAAGCGAUGGCAAUGCCGGGUCACCCCAGGUAGACGAGCUGGGAUGUGGUGAUAUGAUUGAGGAGCCAAGAACAGGGAUGGAGUUUAAUUCUUUAGAGGAAUUAAAUGGCUAUUAUAAGUUAUAUGCUAAAAGAUGUGGAUUUGGAUCCAUGACACAAAGGAGUGAGAGGGAUGACAAAGGGAGUGUCAGAUAUGUCACUCUUGGUUGUGCUCGUGGGGGAAAGGCUCGGAAUAAAACGACGAACAUGGGCAAACCACGGCCUACAGCUAAGACUGACUAUAAGGCAAGGAUUAAUGCCUUAAAAGUUGAUGAAAAGAUGAAGUUGACCACAGUUAAUAAUACACACAAUCACGGACUGAGCCCACAGAAAUCGCGCUUCUUCCGUUGUAAUCGUGAAGUAAGUGAGGUUGUAAAAAGAGUGCUAGAUACUAAUGACCUGGCUGGCAUCCGAAUGAACAAGAGCUUCGGGUCUCUUGUUGUUGGCGCGGGAGGGUUUGAGAACCUGCCAUUUUCGGAAAAAGAUUGUCGCAACUACAUAGAUAAGGCAAGACAUCUGCGACUUGGAUCAGGUGGUGCUGGAGCGCUACGAGACUAUUUCUCUCGGAUGCAGUACAAGAAUCCCGGAUUCUUUUACUUGAUGGAUUUAGAUGAUGAUGGGAGGUUAAGGAAUGUAUUCUGGGCAGAUCCACGCAGUAGGGCAGCAUAUCAAGAUUUUGGUGAUGUGGUAACAUUUGACACUACGUACUUGACGAAUAGGUACGGGAUGCCCUUCGCACCAUUUGUUGGUGUAAAUCAUCAUGGACAGUCGAUUCUAUUGGGGGCAGGGUUAAUUUCCAGUGAGGACACAGACACUUUUAUUUGGUUAUUCCAGACUUGGCUGCAGUGUAUGGAUGGAUUAGCCCCGCCAGCUAUUAUUACUGAGCAGGACAGAGCAAUGAAGAAUGCAAUCGCUGUUGUAUUUCCAAAAACUCGGCAUAGAUUUUGCUUGUGGCAUAUACUUAAGAAAGUCCCUGAGAAGCUAGGCUCUCAUUGUGCCUACAAAAGUGGCCUGAAAAGUCAGCUAAUGAAAUGUGUUUUGUACUCUGAGCGCACGUAUUGGGUACCGGUCUUCCUGAAGGAGUAUUUUUGGGCUGGCAUGAGUACCACACAACGGAGCGAGAGCAUGAAUGCAUUUUUCGACGGGUAUGUUCAUGCGAAGACAAACUUGAAGGAGUUCGUCGACCAAUAUGACAAUGUAUUGAGAAAGAAAAUCGAGAAUGAAAUCAGCGCGGACUUCCACUCCUUUAGCGUUACAAUUCCAUGCAUAUCUAGAUCUCCUAUAGAGAAGAGAUUCCAAGAGUUGUACACGAAUGCCAAAUUUAGAGAAGUUCAGCAACAAGUUAUGGGUGUGCUUGAUAUGAAUCCAUAUCUACUUAGACGGGAUGGUGUGAAGAAGACAUAUCUGGUAGAAGAUGAAGUUCGUGUUGAGGAGUUCUGUAAAAAUAUUACAUAUUAUGUGGACUUUAAUGAGGAAAACUGCGAAGUUAAGUGUUCGUGUGGGUUAUUUCAGAUGAGGGGGAUACUAUGUAGGCAUGUCUUGUCCAUAUUCAAAUGUAAUGGGAUAAAAUCUUUACCAGCGAGGUACAUUUUAGAUCGAUGGAGGAAAGACAUCAAACGGAGAUACACUUUAAUCCACAGUGCAUAUGACUCAGGGCAUCAGCGAGAAGAUACUAACAGAUAUUCAACUUUAUUGAAUAUUUGUUAUCAAAUGAUUACUCGUGCAGCGGGUUCAAAAGAGCAUACUGAAGAUGCGACAAAAAAGUUAAAUGCAAUGAUUGAGUUAUAUGGCGACAACCAAGAACCCCCUUCAAUGACCAAAAUAGGGGAGGAGACAACCAUCAUUGGUAGUUCGAAGCAAGUUCUCAGUCCACAAGUUGUGCGAGGAAAAGGCAGACCCCCAUCCCUGAGGAGAGCAUCCAGGAUGGAGCAACACAUCCGGAAAGGAAAAGCGAAGACGAAGAAAGCAAAUUUAUUGGGCAAACGUAAAGAGGUACUGUUUGGGUUGGAUGGAUCACAACCUGUACUAGAAGGAUUGGAUGGAUCAGAAGUGCAGAAAUGA